AUGUCAGAGACCGAUCAUCGGCCCGAAGAGCGUCGGAUCCGUGCCAUCGACCAGCAGACGGCCAAACGCUUGUCAUCGGCUCAGGUGAUCACAACGCUGUCAUCGGUGGUCAAAGAGCUUCUGGAGAACGCCAUCGACUCGAAGGCGACCGUAAUCUCGAUCCGUAUGAAAGAGUUCGGCAAAGACUUGAUAGAAGUGACGGACAAUGGGUUCGGCAUCUCGGAGACCGACUUCGCGAGUCUCUGCAAAAGGCACUGCACCUCGAAGUUGAUGUCUUUGGAGGACUUGUCGGCCAUCGAGUCGUUUGGAUUCCGCGGCGAAGCCCUGAACUCGUUGUGUCUGUUGGCAGACGUGGCCAUUAGGACCAGACAUCUGAGCGCUGCCAUCGGUUACACUCUUAAGAUGGACUCCGAGGCGAACAUCGCCGCCAAAGAGCCGAUGGCGCGAACGGUGGGCACAACGGUGUCCGUCGAGAACCUGUUCCACAAAAUACCGGUGCGACGGAAGGAGUUCUGCCGUAAUAUCAACCGCCAGUUCGACCAAAUGGUUCGUCUGGUGUACGGCUAUUGCAUCGGUUGCGUCGGUCUUCGGAUCACUUUAUCCAAUGAAAAGCUGAAUAAACCGAAACAAACGGUGCUCUCGAGCCCCGGGAUGUCCGUCAGAAACAACAUCCAAGAAGUGUUUGACGCCAAACAACUGCAAGCGUUGGCCGAACUGACGGCGGCUACUGAUCCGGGAGUGGAGCCAACGGUGAGAAUCACUGGAUUUAUAUCGAAAUGCGAUUUGGGUUGCGGUCGAAGCGCUUCCGACCGACAGUUCUUUUACGUGAACCAUAGGCCGUGUGAUGUGAAGAAUGUCCAGAAGUUUGUCAAUGAUAUCUACCGCUCGUUCAAUCGAAACCAAUACCCGUUUGUGUUGAUUAACAUCGAUAUCGACGCCAAUUGUGUCGACAAGGAUGUAAUGCGAGGACCGACUGUUGAAAGGCCACAGUUUGACAUUCAGUCCAUAAGUCGCGAGGAUCUCGAGAGUGAAACUGAUUGUCGCCGACAAAGACAACAAGACUUUGAUUUGAGUUCAAAACAGAUUCCGGUUAUUAUUAGAGACGUCCCGAUGAAUGUGACACCAAAUGAGAGAAUAAUUAGUGACAAUAGUUUGCAGAGGAGUUCGGAUGUGGGCGAAGGAAGUGGUGUUCAGACAUCCCCGCACUCACUGGCGAAGAGAUCUUUGACUGAGUGCUCGAUAAUCAUUGAGUCAGACAAUGAAGGCGACAAUAAUGACGACCAAAAACACGUUAUUUCGGCAAAGAAUGAGACAAUUGGCGAUCAGAUGACAGACAUAGACGUCGACGACAUUAGAGAACAGUUCUUGAAAACCAUUUCGAGAUCCGAAUCUCAAAGUGAACCCAAAUUUAGUGCACAAAUAAAGUCGUCGGAGAACGAGAUGGCGGAACGGGAACUGAUCCACGAGUUGCAGAAGACAUCGUUCAGAGAAAUGGAGACAAUCGGUCAAUUCAAUCGUGGCUUCAUUGUGACCAAACUGGGGGCCGACCUGUUUGUGGUGGACCAGCACGCGCCACAGUUUGACAUUCAGUCCAUAAGUCGCGAGGAUCUCGAGAGUGAAACUGAUUGUCGCCGACAAAGACAACAAGACUUUGAUUUGAGUUCAAAAGAGAUUCCGGUUAUUAUUAGAGACGUCCCGAUGAAUGUGACACCAAAUGAGAGAAUAAUUAGUGACAAUAGUUUGCAGAGGAGUUCGGAUGUGGGCGAAGGAAGUGGUGUUCAGACAUCCUCGCACUCACUGGCGAAGAGAUCUUUGACUGAGUGCUCGAUAAUCAUUGAGUCAGACAAUGAAGACGACAAUAAUGACGACCAAAAACACGUUAUUUCGGCAAAGAAUGAGACAAUUGGCGAUCAGAUGAUAGACAUAGAGGUCGGCGACAUUAGAGAACAGUUCUUGAAAACCAUUUCGAGAUCCGAAUCUCAAAGUGCAGCCAAAUUUAGUGCACAAAUAGAGUCGUCGCAGAACGAGAUGGCGGAACGGGAACUGAUCCAUCUCAACGUCUUCUGUAGCAAGCUGCUCGCGAAGUUAAACGAGCGCCUGCUGUCCACCACUGCGGUCGAGAUCCAGAACUUAGUGGUCCCGUUGCCUCUGGAGCUGAGCGCCGCCAACGAACAGGUGAUCAUUGAUAACAUGUAUUUGUUUAAGAAGUUAGGGUUCGGUAUAGUGCUGAACGACACGGCGCCGGCCGGUCAUAGACUCCAUUUGUCGAGUUUGCCGAUCAGUAAGGACUGGACGGCCGGCAAAGAGGACAUCGAAGAGAUCGUUGGCGUCAUUAUAGAGACGCCGAUAGAGUUGUUGAAUGACUAUAAGCUGAAUGGCUUUAAGAAAGUGAUUGCCUCCCGGGCCUGUCGUUCCAGUGUUAUGAUUGGCGAACCAUUGAUCGCGUCUCAGAUGAAAACAAUUGUGGAUCAUAUGAGUGGUCUCGAGAAUCCGUGGCAUUGCGCUCAUAACAGGCCAACGAUUAGACAUUUAGUGAAUCUGACAGACAUUUCGAGUUUGUCUAACAAUAGUUAG